CUCGGAUUGCCUUGCUGUACUCUGUACUUUCUGAUCUUCUGCUUUGAAAUAGGCCACCGCCUCUUUCUUCUCCAACGAUGAGUCUAAUAAAACCCCCCGGGGCCCUUCAGAGGGCGCAUUGAAAUGAGCUCGACAGCCUCAUCAUUCUUAUCACCAUGUCUCCGUCUUUCCAGAUUCCCCAGCCCACGCCCUCGGUUGCUCCAGGCACUAAAUUGGCGACGGCGGGUCCAGCGCUGCUCUCUCCACCAUUCCCGAAUCCGUCUCUUCAGGUUACUGCGGAUCACAAGUUGAAAUACGUCCCAGCGCCUGUUUAUGCCCCACAACGAGGCGAAGUUCUCCUGCAUAUAAAAGCCACCGGCAUCUGUGGAUCAGACAUACAUUUCUGGAAAACAGGUCGAAUCGGAGAAUUGGUAUUUGAAGGUGACUGUGUGAUCGGCCAUGAAGCGGCAGGAGUCGUUUUGAAGUGUGGAGAGGGUGUCACAGACUUCAUGCCCGGUGAUCGAGUAGCAGUAGAACCAGGCGUUCCGUGCGAAAAUUGCUUCCUCUGCGACGACGGCCGUUACAACCUUUGCGAAGAUGUUCACUUUGCAGGUGUCUACCCCUAUGCUGGGACUCUCCAGCGUUAUAAAGUGCAUCCUGCCAAAUGGCUCCACAAACUUCCGGACAACAUUUCGUACGCUGAAGGUGCUCUGCUAGAGCCACUUUCCGUCGUCAUGCGGGGGAUCCAAGUGGCCCGUCUCCAACUAGGUCGUGGAGUAGUUGUCUGUGGCGCAGGCCCCAUUGGGCUGAUUGCGCUCGCUGCAGCUCGUGCUUCUGGGGCCCAUCCUAUUGUCAUCACGGAUAUCGAGCCAAAGCGACUCGCAUUCGCCAAAGAGUUUGUCCCCAGCUGCAUUACAUACCAGGUGAAUGGCUCAUUGGGUGCGGAGGAUAAUGCCAAGGCAAUCAGAGCAUUGUUCGGGUCGAGGGAGUAUAGCGCUCCUGAGACAGUCCUUGAAUGCACCGGAGUAGAGAGCAGCGUCUGUACGGCGGCGUUUACAGCCCGUAGAGGCGGCGCUGUGGUCGUCAUUGGGGUGGGGAAAUCGGUCAUGAACAAUCUUCCGUUUAUGCAUAUUUCCUUAGCCGAGAUCGAUCUGCGAUUCAUCAAUCGUUAUCGCGAUACCUGGCCUCCUGCUAUUGCUUGUCUCAGUGGAGGAAUCCUUGACCUGAAAAAGCUUGUGUCGCAUACAUUCCCAUUGGAGAGAGCGGUGGAGGCACUUGAGUUAUGUGCUGAUCCGCGCAACGGCAGUAUCAAGGUCACCGUCCUGGAUGAGGUAGAGGCAACCCUAUAGACCCGAUGAGAUGAAUAUGGAUUCUAUUUUCACGACUUAUUAAGACAAUCUGCGAUAAUAUUGAGUAGUAGAGGCAUCAUAAGCACGAUGUGAGCUUCGAAUGCACGAUCCUGCGGC